AUGAAUCUUCGCCAAGCACAGCGCUCUCUCGCAGAGCUUGUAGAAAAGUGCAAGGCUGCGCAUAUUCAGCUUCCAGAGGAUCCUUUGGAGGUGCGUGCUGAAGCAGUGGAAGCGAUCAUCCACUCUCUAAAGGAUGGGAAGGUCAAUUUGGCUGAUGCGCAAGACGAACUCCAGCAAAAAUACGGCCUUGAGCUUGCUUGGAAGCAGCACCUGGAGAAUGAAGAAGCUAAACGUCAGCGUCGUCGCCAAUCUCGAAAGAAAAAAGUAUUAACCGCUAAGGAUCCUACACUAUCGAGCUUGGCGAUGGUCCCUGAAGUUCCACUACUUGAAGACGAAGUCGAUGUAGUGGUCAGCAGUGACAGAGAACCCGACCAAAAAACGAAGUCGAGCACUACCAAGGGUGGCGUGAUGACUCCGUCCAAGCGCCCAACUACUAGCCAAGUGCAACAGAAUGCUCCCAUGAAAGUCGCGAAAAAGGUUAAGAACGCACGGGAGUUGAUUGUGCCCGAAGCUGCCAACGAAGCGGAGGAAAAACAAUCUCUGACCGAGAUGAAACCUGCGGCAGGUAAAGGGAAAAUCCUCGACAAUGACGACGAAGGUCGUGACUAUGGUGCUGGUGAACUGCUUGAUCCGGAAAAUUUGGACGAAGUGGAGGAAGAGGGUAGUGAUAUGAGCAGUGACGAGGACUUUGCUCUAUAA